UAUAAGGAUAUUUACGUGAAAUUUGGUGAAACAAAAUGUCAAAUAUGGAACAAUUAAUAAGUGUGUUACAAGAUACGGCAACUAUAUUACAAAAAACUCAAACAAAUCUCAAGAAAUGUCCUAAAGCACGACUUACAAAGGGGUAUCUCGAGUCGCGAUUAAAAAGCAUAGAACAUUACUGGAGUAUAUUUCAAAGUGCGCAUCAAGACCUUCUUAAGUGUACACCGACGGACAAGCGAAUGGAUAUACCUUAUUUGGUUAAUGAAGAUUACUACAUUUAUGAAGACUUGUACUUCUGCUUAAGUGGCGAUAUAAAAGACAUGUUAUCAUCAUUUUCGAGUGGUAAAUGCAAUCAUACUGCCAGUACUGCCACUGACAGUGCUAUAACUGGAGAUAAAGUGAAGUUACCUCGCGUACAGCCACCAGUUUUCAGCGGCAGUUAUGAAGAUUGGCCAACGUUUCAAGACAUAUUUGAGUCACUUAUACACAACAACAGCUCGUUAAGCGACGUCGUGAAGUUCCAUUUUUUGAAAAAUAGUGUCAGUGGCGAAGCACAAGCUUUACUUAAGAACAUACAAGUAACAGACGCUAAUUACGAAGAAGCUUGGAAGACUUUAAAGAAUCGUUACGGAAACAAAAGAAUAAUUGUUAAUGCUAUUAUGAAAAGAUUAUUUUCGCAGAAAAAGAUAUACUCGCAAACUUCUAACCAAAUCAAAUCACUUUUAGACACAACUACGGAGUGUUUGAACAGUCUAAGCAACCUUAAGGUAUCAGUUGAAUCCUGGGAUCCUAUGAUAGUGCAUUUGAUUGUGUUGAAACUUGACACAGAGACUCACAAGGACUGGGAAGAAUAUUCCUUUAAGAGUACACCGGAUGACUUACCUAAGUGGUCUGAAUUGAGGACUUUUCUUGAAACCAAAUUCCGUACUUUGGAAUUUAUUCACCAGACUACUUCGGCCGCUCCUUCAGUUUCUCGACCGGCUACGCAGAAAACCUUUCAUUUGACUUCGCCAGCUCCUUCUAAUGAACAAAGUAGCUUGAAUACAACACCACCGGCGACUUCAAGUAGAACGUGCAUCAAGUGUAAUGAUAAUCACACGCUGAGUCACUGUAAGGAUUUUGCCAAUAUGGACGUAACUGAAAGAACUGACUACGUGAAAACAAACAAUUUAUGUUAUAACUGCCUACUCAGUGGCCACUCCGUGUUCAAGUGUCGUUUACCAACAUCCUGCCAAAUCUGUCAUAGACGUCAUCAUUCUCUACUACACCAUACAAAGAACGAAACUAUAAAGGCAUAUCUUAGUCAGAUGGAAGAAAAUAAUGAUGAUGACGUACCAAAAGAAGAAGUAGAAGAUGAUAUCACUGUAGCAACGCACUUCAUUGCUCAAAAUUCAGAUGCUUUAUUAGCUACAGCGCUUGUCCUAGUAAAGGGUGAGAAGGGGCAAGUGCUCACACUGCGGGCUUUGAUUGAUCAGGGUUCCGAAGCGAACUUCAUCACGGAGCGAGCCGUGCAAAUGAUGAAACUACACAAGACACCUGUCAGGGGUUCAGCCACGGGACUCGAAUCAACUAAGACCUCAGUGAACAGUAUGGUACAGUGUGAGCUUCAGUCAAGAUUUGACACUGAUUUCAACCUAAACAUCAAUGCAUUUGUCUUAUCUACUCGAGUAACCGCUGAACUCCCAUCAAAAGCACACACCAAGACUCACCACGCUUGGCAGCACCUUAAUGGACUCGAUCUGGCAGACCCGAACUACCAUCAACCAGGUCGAGUAGACAUGCUUCUAGGCGUUAAGGUCUAUGCAAAAAUUUUAAUUAAUGGCUUAAUCAAAGGUCCUCCAGGCUCACCAUGUACACAAAAUACAAGCCUUGGAUGGAUUGUAUUCGGAGACGCUGAAGGCAAUUCUUCAAAAAAUAUUGUUGUCAUGCAUCAGAAACUCGACUUAGACCUUCUGGUAAAAAACAUGUGGGAACUGGAUUCAGCAGAAAAACCAGAACUUACAGCAGAUGAGAAACUUUGUGAAUCUAUUUAUGAAAAUACAACUACCAGAACAAAAGAAGGAAGAUAUGUAGUGAAACUUCCCACAAGAACAGAGAAAAUAAUGUCAACAGAAGGAGAAACAAAAGACAUAGCACUGAGAAGAUUCAAACAACUAGAACGAAAAUUCGAAAAGGACGAAACAUUCAAAAAGGAAUACACCAAAGUCAUAGAAGAGUAUUCAACAUUGAAGCACAUGGAAGAAGUUCCAGACACUGAAAUAGAAGCCCCAUCAGUAUAUCUCCCACAUCAUGCUGUGAUUAGGAACGACAAGGACACAUCUAAAGUGAGAGCUGUGUUUGAUGCUUCAUCUAAAGGCAUAAACAAUAUUUCACUCAAUGAAGAGCUACUGGUGGGUCCACAGCUUCAAGAAGAUUUAAGGAACAUAAUCAUGAGAUGGCGUAUGAAGAAAAUCUGCUUCGUUGCAGACAUACAGAAAAUGUAUCGUCAAAUUUUGGUUACAAAACAAGAUGCAGAUCUGCAGCGUAUUCUUUGGCGCAAAUGUGCAGCAGACCCUAUUAAAGAAUACCGCCUGCUUCGUGUCACGUUUGGUACAGCAUCUGCGCCAUACUUAGCUGUGAAAACGUUACAAAGGGUCGCAGACGACGAAGGAAAACACCAUCCAGUAGCUGCAAAAACGAUUAAAGAAGAUUUCUACAUGGAUGACCUCAUGUCGGGCCAAGAUAACACAGAAGACGCUGUAGAUGUAGCCAAAAAUAUUGCAAAUAUUCUGAAAAACGGAGGAUUUGAUUUGCAGAAAUGGUCGUCUAAUAGCACCAGCUUUUUAAAGCAAUUCCCACCGGAUGAGAGAAACUGUAAUGUAAACAUGAAUAUCAACCUAGACGGAACUGUACGUGCACUGGGUAUCACUUGGAACAUGGGUGAAGACAGUUUUCAGUACAAACUUGAACUACCCCAGCAACCGAUAACUAUUACAAAGAGAAACAUACUAGCAGAAACGCAAAAACUGUUCGAUCCUUUGGGAUGGCUGGCACCAAGCAUAAUUCAAGCCAAGAUGCUUAUCCAGAAACUUUGGCUGCACCGAUCGAGUUGGGAUGAUGAAGUAGAACCUGAAAUAAAAGAAGAAUGGUUAAACAUAAGACACAAUUUUGAAAACUUAAGGGACGUCAAUAUACCAAGAUGGCUGCACACAACUAAACUGACUAGAUAA